AAUCGCUUUAAAGUGCUUGUGGUUCCAGGAAUGCCAAUGUCUUCGUAAAAGCGAGGGGGGAAAGCGCUUCUGUGCUAUGUUGUACCGUGGUACCUUCCUUUCCACUCACCUUUGCGUGUAGCAAGUCCUAUUUCCUUUGUAUACCGUCGCUCAUUUACUUCACUUUCCCUUUAUGGCGGCGCAGCGAUGGAGAAACCCUACACUCUAAUGCGCAGAUACAGAUCCUAUUCUCCCCGCCGCUUGCCGCGAUCCGCUGCGUUGCGCAUCUUAUUUCUUCUCUUUGUCAUUUGCGAUUCACUGCAUUGCAUCUCGUUAUACCUGCGCCAAAAUGCAGCUCUCAACCUCGAGCCGCCCCCGCGAAACGCGAAGCGCAUAUACAUAGCAGCUCAGCACUGGAACACGGCACGGUUGCUACGAAGCGAUUGGAACGCAGCAGUGUCUGCUUUGGUGCAAGAGCUGGGUAUUGAGAAUGUAUUUGUGUCGAUAUACGAGAGCGGUAGCUAUGAUGAUACGAAGGAUGCGUUGAGGGAGCUUGAUUUUACACUAGAAGGGCUACAAGUGAAGAGGAGCAUCGUGCUUUCGAAUAUUUCGCAUGCGGAGGAGAUUGCGAGACAGCCUACAGAGCAUGGGUGGAUCAAGACUUUGGAUGGGGAGACGCGCCUGAGGCGCAUACCAUUCCUUGCUACGGCGCGCAAUGAGGUCUUCAAACCCCUCGAGAGACUUACUGCAGCAGGAGAGCACUUCGAUAUGAUCUUGUUUCUCAACGACAUCGUCUUCUCGAGCGAAGAUGUCCUUAGAUUGCUAGACACAAAUGGUGGGGACUAUGCAGCUGCUUGCGCGAUGGAUUUCUCGAAGCCGCCGUAUUUUUAUGACACCUUUGCGGUUCGAGACUCGAGCGGCCACGAGGCGCUCAUGCAAACGUGGCCGUACUUUCGGUCCUAUGCUUCGAGAUAUGCCGCAGAAAGGUUCUUGCCGGUUCCCGUUGCUUCGUGCUGGAAUGGCAUGGGUACGUUUCUCCCAUUGCUAUGCCCAUUGAGCCCUUCCUUGACUCGUCCCUUCGCUUCCGAGGCAUCUCAGACUCACUCGCGACAUCCCACCUCGAGGCCUCAGAGUGCUGCCUAAUCCACGCAGACAAUCCACUGUCCGCCUCGAAAGGCGUCUUCUUAAACCCGAACGUGAAAGUCGGGUACAAUGGUUCAUCCUACGACGCUAUCCAUUCGCCAUUUUCCGACGCAGUCAUGUCGCCAAUUCAAAUGUUCGCUUCCAUCUGGCAGAAUCGACUCUUACGGUGGACCUCGACGCCUUUCUUCAAGAAAAAGGAAGUGCAUCAACGGGUAGAGAAGUGGAUCGAGCAGACAGAGGAUGUUGAACGGGGCGAGUUUUGUCUGGUCGAUGAGACGCAGAUCCUUUAUGAGAGGGGGUGGAAACAUGUCUGAGGCUUGAAAGAGCUGAAUACCUGCGCUGUGCUGUGUUAUAGCGUUCUCGGAGUAGAUAGCCAAAACAAAUAGAAUCACGAGCUCAUCUACAUUGGGUUUCUUACC